CAACCAGACAUAUUUAUGCAUGGCCAUUAUUAUCCCUACUAGUAAUAGUACUACAAUAUUUGUAUUGUUAUUACAACAGUAAUAUUCCAUUAAUACUACACUAUAUACUACUAUACUACAUCUUACCUUAGAGGUUGUUUUACAAUUUUUCCUCAUUUAUUUAUUUUUUAGGCUCAUGUUUUUUCAGUUACUGGCAAAUGUUUUUUUACAUUUUACAUUUACACUAAAUUAUAGAACUGGGAUACUCAACUUGCUUUAGGAACGCAUUUAUGUCUAAACCAAAAGCAGGGCUUACGUAUUGGCAUCAAAAUAUAUGUCUUUGCUGUCAGUUGAUUGUGAAUUAGUGACUAGAAAGCCCAGUGUUUGGUCUGGCAGGCAGGGGGCGGGAGGCUCUGUGAACCCCUUACAGACCAAACUCAGGACAAUAAAACCAUAUGCUCUGAAAAAAACGCUUUCCACGUCUUCGAUCUAACGUCUGAUUCAAAAGUUGCCACGAAUACACGGUGGACGCUGAGGAAGCUAACGAUGUGCACACUGGUCCUGUUUGUCUGUGCUCUGCUCAGUGCGCGCUGUCUUUGGGCCACAGCAGACGAGCUGGAGGCCGAGGUGAAGAUUGAAGUUUUGUUUAAGCCCGAACUGUGCUCUCCAAAGAGCAAACGAGGUGAUCUGAUCAAUGUCCACUACGACGGCUUCCUCGCAAAAGAUGGAUCCCAGUUCUACUGCAGUCGUUCAGACAAAGCUGGACACCCUCAGUGGUUUGUGGUGGGUGUCGGACAAGUCAUCAAAGGCCUUGACAUUGGGAUGAUGGACAUGUGUCCUGGAGAGAAACGAAAGAUAACUGUUCCUUCCUCACUUGCAUUUGGAGAAAUAGGCAAAGCUGGAGUUCCUCCCAACGCUACAGUGAUUUUUGAGGUGGAGCUCUACUCUGUAUCCAGGGGACCACGCAGCAUGGAGGCUUUCACACACAUGGACCUUGAUAAAGACAAAAGUCUCACAAAAUCUGAGGUAAAACAAUAUUUGAAACUGGAGUAUGAAAAAGGAGGGAAGCCACGUGACGACCCUUUCUAUGAGAAGGUCUUAGCUGAUAUAUUUCGCAGGAACGACCAGGAUAGUGAUGGACUGAUCAGUGUAAAUGAGUAUAACAUCUAUAAACAUGAUGAGCUUUAGUGGCAGAUGUGGUUUAGUUUAUGCUCUACAUGUAUGUAUUACUUAGAAAAAUAGGUGGGAUUUCCUACUUUCUGUGCCAGCACAUGUUCUGACUUGUUGUUAGGAGUAAAGAGAGUCCUGGCAGCGUGACCAACUGCAGGUGUGAAUAUCCCAGUGGAAGCAUGGUGUAAAUAUUUGACCAGUUAACCUCGAUAAAGGUGCCCAAUGAAUAAAGCAAAUAUUAAACCAUCAAACAGCUAAAAGGGAUCUAAAAUAUCAGCAUUAGGAAGAUGUUGAGGCAUUUAUGGCAAUCAAGCAUAUCAAGAAUUAAAUAAUGCAAUUAUGCAAUGCAUGAAAAGUAUUAUUAUUAUUAUAAGUAUAAAGACCACUAAACUGUACUGUUUGAAUGUUUUAUUUCUGUCAAUGUUUUCUGAUCAAGACGGCAACAGCUCCACAUCUCUGUAAAGUGGCUGCCCCCUACCUGCAAUAAUAUCUAGAGUUAGUCUGUAUUUUUGCUAACCUGGAGAGAAAU